AUGUUUAAGGCUUGUAUCCUUGAUGGAGACAACCUUAUUCCCAAGGUUGUUCCUCAGGCUUUCAAGAGUGUUGAGUACAUUCAAGGCAACGGUGACGCAUUGAUGAACAAGCUUGAGAAAAUCACUUACGAGACGAAGCUAGAGGCCUCUCCGGAUUGGGGAUCCGUAUGCAAGACUACUAGUAAGUAUUACACCAUUGCUGACUUUGAGCUCAAGGAGAGGGAAUCAAGGCCGGGAAAGAAAAGGCAUUGGGAAUGUUCAAGGCCACUGAAGCCUAUCUCCAGGCAAAUCCUGAUGCCUACUGAAUAA